AUGUAUAUAUGUAGUGAGAGUGAAAAGUAGGGAGACGCGUGUUUACAUGCCGGUGUUGCAUGGAUUGUAAAGUUAUACAACAUAGCCAUUUGAAAAAAUUAAACAACAUCUUGUAUUUAAAAUAUAAAAUCUAUCGCUAGAGAAAUAUACAGUGUCAAAAAUGCAUUUUCUGAGAAAAUUGUCUGUUCCAUUCACUCGAACACUGAGAAAUAAUAUACGACGAACACUAACCUCACAAGAACCAGAUGUAAAUACGAAUGUCGACAAGAAUGCAGAAAAAACGAUAUUGGUGAAUCAAAUAGGUAGAGUGACUACAAUUGGUAUUAAUCGUCCAGAGAAAAGAAACUGUCUAAACGUUGCAACUGCACAAUUAUUGUCAGAAGUAUUGGACGAGUUUGAAAAUAAUGAAGAGACAUCAGUGGGAGUGUUGCAUGGAAUAGGAGGCAACUUUUGUGCUGGUUAUGAUCUGAAGGAAAUUGCAGACUAUGAUGGCGAGAGUGAAGAGAGCAUACCACAUUUUGGACCAUUGGCAAAUAGAACCGAAUUAUCCAAAAAGCCAUUGAUUGCAGCUUUGAGUGGAUAUACAGUUGGUAUAGGAUUCGAGCUCGCUCUGAUGUGCGACUUGAGAGUCGUAGAGGAGACAGCAAUGUUGGGCUUUUUAAACAGACGUUUCGGUGUCCCAAUUUUAUGUGGAGGUACUAUUCGUUUACCUGCCAUGAUUGGAUAUUCCAGAGCAAUGGAUCUUAUAUUAACAGGAAGAGCAAUUAACGCAGAGGAUGCAUUUAAUUGGGGAAUUGCAAAUAAAUAUACAUCCUAUGGCACAGCUCUGGGUACAGCAAUGAAUUUGGCUUCUUCUCUUAUAAAAUUCCCACAAAAGUGUUUGCUGGCAGAUCGCACUUCAAUGCACUUUGCCACAUUUUCAGCGAAGCAAAUAGACGAAUUAUUGCAGUUCGAGAAGGAUAACUCAACGCAUUUAAUAUUAGAGGAAGGUGUACCAGGUGCUAAAAAAUUUAUUGAUAAUGGAAUAGGAAAGCACGGGAAGUUUUAUGAUAUUACAAUUCAAGAUCAUGGUAUUAGGGAAUUAGAUGAAAAUUUACUCUAAGCAAUUUAGUUUAAAUAAAUGUACAUAAAAAUGUAUACGCCAUAUUAAUUUAAUUUAGCUCUCUGAAUGUCUUAUCGUCUAAUAAAUUUGUUAAUUUUUGUA